GUCCCUGUUGUUAAUCGGCCAUUGCAUUGCCAUUGUGAGGGUCUGCCAUGUCCUUCAAUAGGAAGUAUGCUGGUCUUCCCGACCUGGAUCUCGCGCCCGAUAUCUACGAGACCCCCGAUCUGACCGACGAGGCGUCCACCGUCCCGACGACUACUAUCCGCACCGCAUCCAACGCAGACGAUGACGCCGGCUCCAGUUCCGAUAUCGAUCGGCAGGGGAUCAAUGCCGAUGAGGCACGCGCUCACUUCUUAGGAGCCACAGUCGACGCCCGUGAUGUCAAUUUCUCAGACAGUCUCGCGACAAAGCGGAAGGCAUACAAAAACAAAAACCGCCGACGGCGCCGACAAGAAAAUGGUCUAGAGGAGGCAGAAGACUUUAGCGAUAGCGAAGAAGAGAGCUUGGAGAGGAAGCUCGCCCGCCUUCGUCGGGAAGUGGAAGAACUGAAAGAUGAGAUGGCUGCUCGAGAGUCGGAAACGGAAACCACCGAAGCACCUAUCGAUGGAAAGGAGACAAUGGGCGACGGCGUCCUUGAACUGAGCCGAGCAUUGGACAACCUUUAUACUUCCCGAAGUGAUACGGGGUCACACUCAGCGGCUGCGAUGCUAUCACAGAGAAUAGCAUCCAAAUCUACGCCCGAGACCUCAACAACCGUCCCCAGCAACCAGGAAUCCACACAAGCCGACACUCCUGCGUCUUCCUCUGCCGGUGUUCUGGCCCACGCGGCAGCAUUUGACGGCCGCCUGGCGCUCAUUGAAGCCGCCAUGGGGAUCUCUAACUCAUCGAACCCCUUCGUCAGUGACGGAAUCUCAGAGCCUGCACUUCAGCCCGUACUUCCAGCCCUUGACCAUCUCACAUCCCGCCUUUCCACCCUCAUGAACAUCCUCGUCGGCCCGAACCCCGUCUCGGCCGUGCCAACGAUGGGCUCCGCACCCCCUUCCACCACCGUCACAACUCCCCAGCUUGAGACGCUAUCCUCCCGAGUCCGAAAGCUCACGGCAGACACGGAAGCCCUUGCAUCUGCGCGCAAGCGCGCUGUGGAUGCUGCCAAGGCUGCACAGAAUGCGCGCAUCGCAGCCGCCGCCAUCGAGCCCUCUGACAUGUCCGUGUCGUCGUCAUCCGCCACAGAGGUCGACCCGGCUGCCACGCAGCGCGAUGAACAAGCCACCAAGAUCCAAGCCCUCUACGCCACUCUCCCCACCAUCCAGUCUCUCCACCCGAUUCUUCCCAGCGUGCUGGAACGUCUCCGUUCGCUCCGUGCCAUCCAUGCCGGCGCCGCACAAGCCUCCGAGUCGCUGGAUACGUUGGAGAAGCGACAAGCAGACAUGGCUCGGGAGAUUGAGCAGUGGCGCGAGGGGCUACGGGUGGUCGAGGAGAAGAUGAACCAGGGAGAAACAGCGAUGAAGAACAACAUCGAACUCGUCGAACCCUGGGUCCGAGACUUGGAGGACCGACUGGACCGGUUGGAAGGAACUGGCGCCUGAUGCAGGUGCCGGUGUAUGAAAAUUCAUUCUAUGUUGAAAUAAUCGAUACCGAUUCCCAAUCGUUGAAGCGGAUAAUACCAAUACCAUUACCAUUGCAAAUCAUUGUACAUAGUUCUGCUACCAUAUGAACAGGCUGGAAUACUGCAUUACACGAUACUGUACAAGCUCAC